UGGCCUCCCAUGCUUCAUAGCUGCAAAGUCAGGCAAUGAGGGCGUGAGGCAGGAGCCAGGGUGACAGGGAGAGUGGAUUCCCGUGGGCGAGGCCCACCGUCUUGAGUGGCCAUCGCCCCGAACUGCCCUGUGGGUGUGGGAUUAACUCGAGCCCAGGGCAUCCCUUGCCCCACGGCUGUCCCAGGACUGAAGAGGCUUUUAUCUACAGGUUCAUUGAGUUGAGACGGGUCCCUGCCAAGGAGGUCAGGUCCUGGGUCGGGCACAGAGCCCAGAGGGCGCGGACCUCGUAGCUGGGAGUCAGGAGGGAGAAGAGGCCUGCCCUGCAGCGCUAGAGUCCCUGUGGGGUGGACAUAGGCAUCCCGGCUCCUCGGAUCACCCGUGUGGAGGCCAGCGGUGUGCCUCUUCCUGGAGCGUGACCUUGGACCUGCUUGAAACUCAGCCUGCUGGGACGAGCCUCCCCUCCCCUGCCGGCUCCUGCCAUGGGAGUGUGCGGACAGCCCCGUUGGAGAUGAGACGCGAUACCGCUGGCUUUCUCUGGCAGUCACACGUCCCCAGCCAGGACCUGCCAGCUCGGUGGUUGCCUCUCUGUUUCUGAUGUUCGUCUUCCCCAUGGAUCCACAGCCGUAACCAUGGUGACGCGGGUGGAGGUCGGCUCCAUAAGUUCUCUGACAGGAGUGCCAGGCCUGGGCGAGCUCUCCAAGGAGGAAGCUCUAACUCGGACCUACUUCCGCCAGGCUGGCAGCGCCUCCGGGGCCCCUUCAGCGCUGCUCUUGGAAGGGAAAAGCCCCCUCAGGAGCCCAGUCCGCUUGCUCCCUCUGCCGAGACUCACCCCCAAGCCCUUCUCCAAGGAGAAGGCCGGGGACGUGAUCUCCUCGUGGCCCAGCCUGAGCAGGCCGUCUCCUACCGGGGGGCUCCCCCGGGGCGUGGCGGCAGAGGGGCUGGACGAGAAGAUGCCUGGCUUGGUGGGGCCGGAGGCGGGGAGCGGGGACGGCCCGAGCAGCUCGUCUCUGUUCUCCAAGGCCGCGGUGCUGCGGCCUAACCCCAGCACCAUGAUACUCUUUGAAACCACCAAAGCCGGGCCUACCCUGGGGAAGGGGGUCGGCCGGGGGGCUCCGGAGGCCGACGCAGGCGUGUCUCAGGGGCCCCCUUCUGCCUCCCGGCCUGAGGUGGCCACCAAGCCCGCCUUGCCGGCCCGAAAGCCUGCGGGGACUCUUCCCCGACCGGCCUCCGUGUCUCAGGUCACCAGGCCGGCGGCCACCCAAGAGGAGACAGGCCUAAAGGAGCCUCUGUCAAAGGCCAGCAGCGUGGAGGACGCGGGUAGCCCCGCUCUGGAGCCCAGGCCUCGACUGAAGAGAAGGCCCGUGUCGGCCAUUUUCAUCGAGUCCAUUCAGCCUCAGAAGCCAGCAGGCCCUGGCGGGGCAGCCGUGGUGGGGAAGGCGCCCCCCACCCCUCCUGAGAAGACGUGGGUGAGGAGGCCUAGGCCUCUGUCCGUGGACCUCACGGCCAGGUUCGAGAGUAGAGAGGCCUUGGCGAGGAAGGUGGAGGCCAUAGCAGGAUCCACGGCCCAGUGGCGGGGUCCCGAGAGGCCUGACCUGGACCCCAAAGUAGAUGGGGAGCGUCUGGUCAAAGCAGAGGCUCCCCUUCACGACCCAGAUUCUGACUUCCUGCAGGUGGCCAGGAAGAUCCAGGAACGGAAGGAGAGGCUGCUCUGCAAGCAGGCAGAGAUGGGCCACCUCAGAACCAUGGGGGGCUCGGCCAGGGUCACCCCCAUCAGUGACCAGAAUCUUGGGGAAGAGAAAGCCAAGCUGGAUGGCGAGCCGGAGAAGGCACCCAGGGCCCCCCAGUCCCCUUCGCCCAGGCCUGGAAAAGGCCAAGAAAUCGCUGAGGUCAAGAGCAGAGCGGCUGAUGGGGAAACCCAGGCAGGGGGAGAGCGGACCCCGAGGGGCAGCGUGAAGAAGCACGUCAGCCUCUUUGCCGAGGAGAGCGCCUCAGCCUUGUCGUUGGGGUCUUCGCCCCCAUCAGCCCCCGCUGAGUCCCCGCCGGCUGCACCGGAGCUGGAGAAAGCCGGCGUGAGCGUCCAGGAGCGGAUCAAAGGCUGGGCCACCGAGAGCUCGGAAGCAAAGCCAGAGAUCAGGAAGAAGGCGAUCCAGGCACGGCCGCUCUCAGCGGAUUUGACCAAACUGUUUUCAAGUGCAGCUUCAGGCAACGAAGUCCCAUGUGAGAAGUGUUCUGAGCCGAGCAGUGAGCCGCCUAGAGAACCCAGGGAAAAGCAAAAGGAAGGGCAUGGUGUGGACGGAGCAUCUGUCCCAAGAAGCCCCUGGAAGCCUGCGACGCCCCGGGAGAAAUCCAGGCAGACAGAGUGGAAAGACAGUUCUGACCAAGUCCCUGGCAGCGGUUGGAGCGAGCCUCUGAGCCCUUCCGCCAGCACCCCGGAUGAUGACAGAAGCUUCCAGACCGUGUGGGCCACAGUGUUCGAACAUCACGUGGAGAAGCACACCGUGGCUGACCUAUCAGGACACUGUCCCGCAGCCAUGACCCCCAGGGACACGGCCGAUGUCUUGGAGCUCAGAUCCAGGUUCCUUGGGUCGAGAAGCUCUUUCCCGCAAACCACAUACCUGAAGAAAGAGUGGUUGGAAAAUCCCGACCCAAAGAAAUCUGGGCGGACCGCCUUCUCCAACGGUGAGCCCAAACAGCAUCAUACGUCUUCCCUCCUGGGAAGAUACCCUGUGGGCGACAAGUGCAGUAAUAGCCCCUGCCUCAAGCUCUUGGAAAGCCCUCCCGCAUCCGAGAGGGUCGAGCCCAGGUAUGACAUCAUGCACGCGGUCGGGGAGCGUGCGCACAGCGAGGCCAUCCCCACGGCGCCCGAGGAGAAGGCUGUGACGCUCCGGAGCAGCCAGUCUCGGCUCUCACUGUCCCAGGAGGUCACCCCUGCCGUGACCCCUGCUGACCCCGAGCGCAGGCUGGAAGGCCAGGUGGGGUCCGUCCAAAGGGUCAGUCUGAUCUGGGAAGCUCGAGGGACGCGUGAGGUCAGCGGGCCAAAGCCUGAGUUCCACCGAGAGCUAAAGGACACGUCUGGAGGCAAUUGUCUGUCACCCAGAUGGACAGGUGGGGUGGCUAUCAACUGGCAGAAAGCCGCUGUGGGGGUCAGUGAAGAGAGAGGCUCGGAACCAAGCCCCGAGGCCACCCCUGCGAGGACCAUCCAGGCUGCCAUCCAGGAGGCCCAGCACCAGGGGAUCGAAGGGGCCGGAAGAAAGCCAGGGGAAAGGGGUGCCCCCCAGGGGGGCCCUCUGGAGCCUCCUUCCAGGGCUAAGGGCGAGGCCUCUGACUUCCGAGCCCGGCCACAGGCAGACGUGCUACUGCAGAAGGGGCCCCUCGCCGUGGCUGGCGGCCAGGGUGGAGCGAGGCCGGCCCGGGUGCCGGAGCCCGAAGCCAGGAUGCGGAAGGUGAGCCCCAGCGACCAGAGGAUGGAGAGGUGGAGGCGGCGGACGUUACCCCAUGACGCGAAGUUCGAUGAAUUCAGCUUACUGGCCCCAGAGCACUCUUCCAAGGCAGAGCAGAGACGGACGGGUUAUUUGACCCACACCGCAGGUGCCUUAGGAAAACUCCAACUAGCCCACGGUUGGGAGGAGCCCCAGCAGGGCAACCCGGGCGUGUCACAGGUUCUUUCAGCAGCAAAGCAAGGGUCAUCUGUGGAACCCAAGGCGACCUUUUUUGCAGUGACGUAUCAGAUUCCUGACACUCAAAAAGCAAAGAGCAUUGUUAAGCCCAGGUCCGAAAACUUGAUGGAACAUUCUAGAAAAAUAGCCCCACCUCCAUCGCCUCAUCUUUUAACAUCUACUUUGGUUUCUCUGAACCAUGAAGAGCUGCUGGAGACCAUGGGCAGUAAAAACCAGGCUCCAGGCAGAGAGCAUGACCGCGCAAGCUUUCCAAAGACUCCGAGGCCAGCGUCUCUUGGGGACAGGAUUCUGGGUCCUCCCAGCGAGAGAAUCUCCGAUGGCGAUGCUUUAUGGGUUCGUCGGGGACCGGAAGACAGCGUUGGUUUUCACAGCGACUGGAAGGACCGUGGGAACAAGACGUCCCCCCGUGGUGCUCCCAAAACACCUCCGGCUCUCAAAAGUCACCCGAAAGCCACCCAUCUCCUGCUCAGAAGGAAGACGGAGGUGGUCAGCGAGACGUUCCCAGGUAAAAUCAAGGAUGGUUACAGGUCCAGUGUCCUCGACAUUGACGCCCUGAUGGCCGAGUACCAGAGACAGCCGGCCGCAGGCCCCAGGGAGGCUCAGGAGCUGGUGGGGGGACCGCCCACAGAGCCCAGAGGCUCGACUCCUGAGAGGCCUGGCCAGCAAGGCGAGGUGGAUCGGAGACGGAGGAGCCUGAAGGAGGGCCCUGAAAUUGAGGGGCCCCGGAAACAAGCCAGUUUUGCCGAAACAAACCCCAGUCCUACCCCCGGCUCGGGCAAGCAACUGGCAGAGACCCUGGAGGCAGCCACGAACACCAAGGUCAGCCCUCCUCUGUGGGCUCUGCCGCACUCAGCUCCUCCUGAGAAAUAUCCAGGGGCCUCUUCUGGCCCUGCAGGUCCCAGGAAAAAAGGCUCGGGGGUCACCGAGGAUGAGAAAAAGGCCUUUAUCAGUAAACACAGUGCAAAGUGCCCGCAUUCCCCGGCUGAGUCAAAGCCCGCCACCUCCUGGGAGGAUCUGGGCAGCGGGGCCACCAUGCCACCCAGGUCCUCCCCCACUGACCAGAAGAAAGGGCUCCCAAGGAAAUCCCUCGGGAGGGGAGAGGAGGGCAGUGUGACCCAAUGGGGCAACCACCCAUGGGACUGUGGAAGGUCACUGCUGGAUGUCAAGAGGGCCCACUCGGAGAAAGGCCCCCCUCUCAAAAUCCGAGAGGGCCUGUCCAUCAUGCAGGAAGCCAGAGAGAGGAGGCAAGAGCAGCCCAAAGGGAGGCCCAGCCUCCCCAGGGAGAGUUCAGAGGCCAAAGACAUCAAGACGGGGCUCUGUCAGCAGGAGUCGGGGAAUCGAGACAGUCAAAAGGAUCAGCUGAAGCAGUGUUUCUCCAGGCGGACCCCCGAGGCCAAGGACACUGACACCCUCGUGCAGGAAGCCGACAGCCAGUAUGGGACGUGGCUGCACCAGCACCAGAGCGGGGAGAGCUUGGCCCCCGAGUCCCCAUCCCCGGACAGCAGUGCCACGUCGGCUCAGAAGCAGCCCCCCAGCAGCCGCCUGUCUUCCCUGUCCUCCCAAACGGAGACCACCUCUGCUGGGGACCAGCACGACUGCUCCAAGGACCAGCAGAGCACCAGCGUGGACCGAUCCAGCACGGACCUGGAAUCCACUGACGGGAUGGAGGGGCCGCCCCCAGCGGAUGCCUGCCCCGCAAAGAGGGUGGACGACUUCUCCUUUAUCCGUCAAACUUCAGUCCUCGACUCAAGUGCCCUAAAGACCCGGGUGCAGCUCAGCAAGAGAAGCCGCCGCCGGGCUCCCAUCUCCCACUCCCUCCGGCGCAGCCGAGUCAGCGAGUCGGAGAGCAGGUCUCCUUUGGAGGAGGAGGCCAACAGCAUGUGGAUGUUCAAGGACUCCACCGAGGAGAAAUCCCCCAGGAAGGAAGAGUCAGAUGAGGAGGAGAAGACGCCCAGAGCUGAGAGGACGCCCAUCAGCCGACCCCAGAGGAUGCCCGUGUUUCCAGGCAUGGACCCAGCAGCGCUGAAGGCUCAGCUGCACAAGAGGCCAGAGAUGGACAGUCCCAGCGAUACCCCCAGCUGGGCCCCACAGCCCAAGACCCCCAAGUCCCCCUUCCAGCCCGGGGUGCUGGGCAGUCGCGUGCUGCCCUCCAGCGUGGAGAAGGACGAAAGAUCGGAAGAGCCCUCUCCCCAGUGGCUAAAGGAGCUGAAAUCCAAGAAGAGGCAAAGCUUGUAUGAAAACCAAGCUUGAGCAGACAGGGGCCACUGCCACAUCUAAUGAACAAGCCUUAACUGUCAGUACCCGAAGACGAGGUCCCGCUGCUGCCGUUGCUUCCUGCACACACCUGGGCCCUUCCGGUCGGUCGGUCUGUCGGUCGGGUGGAGAAGGCUGCCCAAUGCCCCCCCUCACCACAGGCUCUCCUGGACGGAUGGGGCAGGAAGGCUCACCCUCCACGAGCACGUGCUCUGUCUCCCCGGACAGCACUUCAGGCUGGGAAAGAAGCCAGGCGGCCCAGAAAUGUCCAUGCUGGUGGUUUGGUUUGGUUUUGUUUAAUGUAAAAAUGUGCAUUUCUACCCAUUUUAAACCCCUGCAGCAGCUCCAGGAAUAUGGAUGUAAGGCUGGACCGUCUCCCCUGGGUUCUGAGUCGUGAAAGCGCCUGUUUCCCCCCGACCCCCACCCAGGGCUGGUCUUUUUUUGGAAGGACAUUUCCAAGGAAGAUGAAACCAUACAUUUCCUGCUGUAACUGUGGUCCCAGCAGUACCACCGGGUUGGGGGCUUUGAUCGCUCCUUUGGCGAAUUCCUUCUCCCUCUCGAAGAAUCAGCAGUUCUGAUCUUUAAACACACCUGCCCUCAUUCUUUCAAGUGUAUUUAUCCUCCCGGUGGGGCUGUGUGCAGAGCUUGCCUGUUCCAUUGUACAUCACGUUUUGUUUGCUUUAGAAGGUGAUAAAGCAAUAAUCCAGCCAACUUUCUUUGAAAUUUGAUAUGUAUAUAUGUUUUUAUGUUAAAGAACAGGAGGAGAGGCGUGUGAAUAGUUUGCGUGAAGUAUCCAAUCAUCUCAGGUUAUCUUAUCCCUACCCCAAGCUUUUUAAAACUUCUGAUUGUCACCCUGGUGUACACUUUCCUGGUUCCUAUUCAUCCGAGCUCUGAUUUCUGUAGGGUGACCUUUGUCCCUUGGCCUCAAGGUUCAAAAACCUGCAGCCCAAAUGGCAGUGCCUUUCCCUCCCAAACAUCAGACCCACCCGAGAGGCUUUUUCUCCAAAGUCCCUUUCUGAGCACAACCUGAGCUGCUGGCAUAAAAGAUCUAUUCCCAGUUGGUCUCAGGACAAACGAUGAAUGAGGGGUCCUUUUUGUUUCUUCUCACCUCUUCUUUCUACCCAACCUCCCCCCAAUUCUACCUGACCAGGUGCUUUUUCUAGGUCAAAAUGCAGGAAGGGAGGGUCUUGCUGAAAGCCCUUCUCUGGAGGGGAGUCCCCCCGACCCCCAGCCCAGGAACUCUGGACAGACUUGCUAGACGCUAGGUAACCAAGUAUAGGCUUGCCUUGCCUCUUUUUUUUCUUGGCAACUCUGAGCUCAUUCCCAGGAAUCUCCAAGACCUCUGGGGUCUCCAGUCAUGGCUACUCUGUCCUUGUUUUUGGAAAUCCUCCACACCAGCCUCCUCCACCCCUUGAGCCCAAGGCCCCAGCAGUCAUCCCAGGGAUAGCCGGCCCACCGCCGUGUCUGGAGUUGCCAUAAACUUUGUGCCAACCUCGCCCGGGAGACACCCAUGUGUGAGAGAGAUGCGUGGGCAGUUCACAGGGCAGCCUGUGUUGCUGAGGGGCACUGGGGCUGAGCUUCCUCAUGGAUCUUUGCUCAGCAGUGGACUUCCCAAGAGGUGAAAAUCUCUCCUAAUAAAUCCAUCCUUUGCAAAUGGUGUCAAAACCUGCUUCCCUUCUCCCUCCCUGGCCACCCCUCCUUCAGUCUCUGUUUGUCUCCUCCGCUCUUCCUCCCUUAUCUCCCUUUACCACCUCUUCCCUCUCUUGGGUGUGGCAGGAUGGAGCCCAAUCCCGUCCCUGCAGGUUAAGACAAACACCCGGGCCCGAGAGGGGCUGUGGUUCAGCACCACGGACAGCGACCGAGGUGGGGGUGAGAGGCCCUCCCUCCCUGAGUCCUGCUGGCUGGGCGGUGGUUGCAGCCCAUCUCCCGGGCAACCUUGUGCAUCUGGAAACCUCAUGCAUGUGUAUCUGGAGAUCUGGUCCUGCUCCAUCACAGUUUGUAUUCUCUUCAUUCCCUGAGUUUGUGGUCAGUCCGCUCUCUCUGGCCAUUUGGGGAUUUAAUCCUUUCAGGAACCGCGUCAGUUGAUUUUCCUUUCUUACUCUUCAGAGACCCAGUUCAUGUUUCAUUUCAGUUUUGCUGUAGUGUCCAGGUCAGUAGGUCCUCUAGACACUCCUAGUGUGCUGUGACCCUGACGUCCUUUCUCGCCUGCUGUCUUUCUUUGCCUUUCUCAAGGUGGGAAGGCCCCUUGGUACCAUCUUAGGCAGUAGGAAGCCACUUGCUCUGUUCGGUCAGUAUAGUGAUACUCACCGUGCGAAACUCUCAGUUUUGAAUUAGUCAUGUUUCAUCCCAUGUAUACCCAACAGGAAAGAAAAACACUUGAAAACAAGAUUGACCUGGAGGUCUUCUGCCUAACCUCCCACACCUGGAUUGGAAAUAAAAAUCCAUUUCAUUCCUUGGUGAUGAGGACAUACAAAGUCCACCCCUUGACACUGACUACAGCAGCCUCAUCCCUUCACCGCUGAGCAGACAGUCACGGUGGGCCAGGAGCGGCCUACGCAGUGCCGGCUCCCGUCAGCCCCGGCUCCUGCGACGAUCAGUACAAUGCAGUUCGCAGCAACUGACGCUUAGAGCCUUUGCAGAUAGCCAGGCAAACGGGUUAUUUAUUUCUCCUCUUUCUAAGCCAGAUGAGCUCUUGGGGGCUAAGCAAGGGGUUGUAUGGUAGUUUCUUGAGUUUGCCUGGAGCCACCUUUGGAAAUCUGUCUCCUUUUAAACUAACUUAAUAUGCCUUAAUCAUUUGUAUGCAAUCAGGUCACCCGCCCUCAUCCAGCCCUCCUCCCCUGGGCCUUUGGCUUGCUUUAAAUGAGAGUUUUAUACAGAAUGCAUCAAAAAUAAGAUGGAUAGAUAGGUGAUUUUUUAAAUUAUACUCUCUCUCUCUCUCACACUCUCUCUCUCCCCCUCCAUCCCCCCACACCCUCUUUGCACAUCAGCAUUUUGAGAGCUGGUCUUUUGAUAAGUCCAUAUCUUUUUCUCCUCCAGUAGAUCCCCUUCUUCAUGGUCUCUUGCCUAAUGUAACAGAAGCCUUUGGCCUGUAAAAUUCCAUGGUGAGGGCUCAAAAAUCAGUGUUGUGGAGAACCUCUCAGUACCACCAGAGAAACUCCAGUGGAAGAGAAGCCUCACUAAACCCCAGUGGAGUUUAGAGUGUUGGGGGCUUUGAGUGAUGCUGCCCUGAUGGCCUCAUGUCGUCUGGGGUUCGGGGAAAGGACAAUCAGAUGGGGAGGUUUUGCAGGGGACAAGCAAAGUCAUGUACUUUCAGACAAAUGCGUUUUCCCUUGUGCUUCCCAGGAAGAAGUGAGGCCAACUCUAGGUAUCGGAAUAGAGCUGAGCCUGAGGUCUUCAACCUUAGAGGCUGUGCAGGGGAUUUGGAAAAACCUUAGGCAUGAUCUCCCUGAAGGAGACCUCAGCUGCUCCCACCCGGCGCUGACAGCUGCCUUGUCCAUUUACAUUUUUCAUCACGGUACCCCCAGACUGCCCCAGGAGCUAGGCAUCAUUACAAAGCUAAAAACCCACAGAUGUGUCAUUGGAUCACCUCCAAAACAAAAUGCUUGCUUAAAGGUGACGUGGGCCUGCGUGGAAGACAGCGUCGCACCCAAGCAGAGGACUCUCAAGCCAGCCACUCCCUCUCUCCUCCUCCAUCCCUGUGGUUCCUCCCACACAGCCCUGUCCCUUAAUACAGGAAGCUAGAUGACGGUUGUCUUUGUGUAAACUAGCAUUUCAGGGUGAGGUCUGCAGGGAGGUGGGAGAAAAACUCUAUCCACCGGGAAUUGCGCCGCCUCCAAUUUAUGCCGUGGCGAGUCAUACAGUAGUGGAGAAUCCUUCUAUAGCCUCCGACUGUGCCUUUCCUCCUCCAACAUGUGAUAAAACAGGAAAGCAAAAAAAAAAAAAGCCCCGUGGCAUCGUGAUUCCAUGGAGUAGGAGGGAGCCACUUAAGGGAGAGGGGACCUGCCCCACAUCUGGAAGGGGGUCCACCUUGGGCCUCACCCCCUUAGGGAGUGAUGGAUCUGAGCCCUGGGCUGAGAAGCUGCCAGGAGUUACCCUGUUGGAAUUCUGGGCAAGUCGAGGGUCUGGAAACAUAGAACCGCAUAGAAAACCGGUAGGCAUGAAUGUGCUGAGUCUUGGUCUGUAUCUCCUUUGGCCCCCAUCACCCCUCUAGAGAUUUCUUUCUUUUGUCUAGGUUGGUUCCUGCAGGGAGGGGGCCAGAAAACCAGGUACCUGGAAAGUCAGCCUGAGAUUUCCAGCAAGGUAACCUCCCAGCCGCUCACUGCUCACCUCCCAGCAUCUCCCUAAACGGCCGCCCUCACACCUGGCGCCACACCAUCUCCCAUGAAUCAGCCUGGCACUGUUUUAACAGUCUCCGGCGGCGUCACACCUGCUAAAAAAAACAACGUGACGCCGUUGUCUAAAGAAUGAGCUCAUUCCACAUAGCCUUAUAGAUCCUGUAAAUACGGGGCUCACGAAAGUCAUCUGUUGUGUUACUGAAGAUAUUUUGUACUGUGUUGUUCCCUAAAUCAUACCAACGUCCUACAAGUCCUGCACUUCCCAGAUGGUUAUGAGCCUCAAAAUGCUUUGCAAGGUGGAGGGGGGAGUGGAAAUAUAUAUACGUCCGCUAUGUAUUUUCCUAACCUUUCUUCUGGGUCCCUUCCUCCGAUAUUUGAGUCACGAUCGAAAAGGAACUCGAGUCCUGUGUGCGAGAAAGUUGAAGCGUCCUGCCAGUUGGUGUCCUUGCAGUUGCCUUAUGAAUUCACAGGCUCCAGGAGUUCUGAACAGAAGGUGGUCGACCGGCACUUUAUCCAGUCCCAGAAAUGAUCUCUAAUCGUGUGACUGAGAAUUCAUCUAGAGAAACCUAUAUUUUUAACAUCAAAACAAACGGGACUUCCCGGACCUCACAGAGUAUUGGAUGUCUACCAGUGCUUUUCUAUUUUGUAACUGUAAAGAGGUUUCAUACGCACAGCAGAGCAGUUGGGAAUCUGGUCGACUGCCCUAAAACAAAAUGACCUUUGCAUGUACAAAGACGUUGCAUUCAGACUCUGAAAGCAGCAAAUAAAGCUUUGACGCGAGCUGCACUGGA